UUCUUUAAGGCGCUUGCCUACCACUGUCUGCUUUGUUUAGCCAGAGGGGAGAGUCACGCCAUCAGAACAGAAGAACAUGCUUUAAUUCGGAAAAGUAGAGGUAAACAAAGGUAAGAAACGUUCACCUCUGGAGCAAGAAUCGACUAUUUGGGCAAGGUUACUGUUUCGUGCGUGUCGGAAUGAAGUCUACUCAAAUCUUACUAUCCACUGCACUUAUUUUCCUUCUCUCGGGACUUUCCAUGACCACAGCCUGCAACAAGGCUCUCUGUGCCAGUGAUGUCAGCAAAUGUCUCAUUCAGGAGCUGUGUCAGUGCAGGCCCUCGGAUGGGAACUGCUCGUGCUGUAAAGAGUGUAUGCUCUGUCUUGGCACACUGUGGGAGGAGUGCUGCGACUGUGUGGGGAUGUGUAACCCUAGGAACUACAGUGACACUCCAGCUACCUCCAAAAGCACGGUGGAGGAACUCUACCGACCCAUCCCCUCACUGUUCCGCGCCCUCACCGAGGGCGAAGCGCCCAUCAACAUGAUGGUGGUGUCCUUCCCCGUGGCCGAGGAACUAUCUUACCACGAGAACCUGGUGUCUUUCCUGGAGACCAUCGAGGACCAGCACCAAAAUGUCUCCCUGCCUGGGAACAGUAUCCACGCCAGCUACGAUAACACCCAAAGUACUGAAGAUAACAUGUGCACUGUGGUGUACUUUGAUGACUGCGUGUCCAUCCGCCAGUGCAAGCAGUACUGCGAGUCCAUGGGCGGCUCCAAGUACCGCUGGUUCCAUAACGCCUGCUGUGAAUGCAUCGGCCCAGAGUGCCUCGACUACGGCAGCAAAGCCGUCAAGUGCAUGAACUGCCUGUUCUAAUGAAAGCCAAUGGGACUUGCCACGUUAGGGUACUGUGCUCAAAAUGCCACAAGGGGGCACUGUCUGCAAUAUGCAGAUGGGCUGAUGAGGUUGACCGAGGAAGAUGACUUGUGCCUCAGCCUUUUGUAAAAUGUUUCCAUAUUGUGAUGUAAAAUAUUAGCCCUUACAAAUUAUUUUUCACUCUUGAAUUUGUUUUUAUAUCUUAUAUAGGUUCUCUAGCAGAGAAUAAAUAUAUAUUGAUUGUUUUAUAUUCUCAUAUAGUUAAUGCUGAAAGAGUCACUAUGACAAAUUGUUUUUUAUAUAUACAUCUAUAGCCGCGUAAAGACAAGCAAUCAAUGUUAUCUAAUCUCUAGUGAAAUGGCAUUUUAUUUUUGUUGUAAUGGACAAUCAUAGUAAAUACUGCUUGUAUAAUUAUUAUAUCACUGUUAGCUAUAUAACAUACACUACAUGGCCAAAAGUAUAGACACCUGCUCGUCAAACAUCUCAUUCCCAAAUCAUGGCCAUUAAUAUGGAGAUGGUCCCCCCCCCCUUUGCUGCUAUAACAGCCUCUACUCUUCUGGGAAAACGUUCCACUAGAUGUUGGAACAUUGCUGCAGGGACUUGUUUCCAUUCAGCCACAAGAACAUUAGAGAGGUUGGCACUGAUGUUGGGCGAUUUAGCCUGGCUCACAGUCGGCAUUCCAAUUCAUCCCAAAGGUGUUCGAUGGAGUUAAGGUAAGGGCUCUGUACAGGCCCGUCAAGUUCUUCCACAACGAUCUUGACAAACCAUUUAUGUAUGGACCUUUCUUUGUGCACGGGGGCAUUGUCAUGCUGAAACAGAAAAGGGCCUUUCCCAAACUGUUGCCACAAAGUUGGAAGCAAAGAAUUGUCUAGAAUGUCAUUGUAUGCUGUAGCGUUAAGAUUUCCCUUCACUGGAACUAAGCGGCCUGAACCAUGAAAAACAGCCCCAGACCAUUAUUCCUCCUCCACUAAACUUUACAGUUGGCACUGUGCAUUGGGGCAGGUAGCGUUCUUAUGGCAUCCGUCAAACCCAGAUUACUCCGUCGGACUGCCAGAUGGUGAAGCGUGAUUCAUCACUCCAGAGAAUUCCACUGCUCCAGAGUCCAAUGGCUGAGAGCUUUACACCACUCCAGCCGAUGCUUGGCAUUAAGCAUGGUAUUCUUAGGCCCGUGUGCGGCUGCUCGGCCGUGGAAACCCAUUUCAUGAAGCUCCCGACGAACAGUUCUUGUACUGGCGUUGCUUCCAGAGGCAAUAGAACUCCGUAGUGAGUGUUGUAACCGAGGACAGACGAUUUUUACGCAUUUCAGCACUCAGUGGUCCCGUUCUGUGAGCUUGUGUGGCCUACCACUUCACAACUGAGCCGUUGUUGCUCCUAUAUGUUUCCACUUCAUAAUAACAGCACUUACAGUUGACUGGGGCAGCUUUAGCAGGUCAGAAAUUUGACAAACUGACUUGUUGAAAAGGUGGCAUCCUAUGACAGUGCCACGUUGAAGGUCACUGAGCUCUUCAGUAAGGCCAUUCUACUGCCAACAUUUGUCUAUAGAGAUUGCAUGGCUGUGUGCUCGAUUUUAUACACACGUCAGCAACGGGUGUGGAUGAAAUAGCUGGAUCCACUCAUUUGAAGGGUUGUCCACAUACUUCUGACCAUUUAGUGUAUGUUAUUUUAAACGACUGCCAUAUUCAAUCAAAACUGAUGGCCAGCCUUUCACAGACAACAGGUUUGAUUUUACAGGCGCAUUUAAGAUGAUUUGUUUCAUACCGUCAACAUUCUAACAUUCUAUCAUUCUACCAUUCUAUCAUUCUACCAUUCUAUCAUUCUAUCAUUCUAGCACAAGUAUGUUGUUUGACUGUAUACCACACUGUUACUAUACACACUCCGGAAUGGAACAGUUGAUUGGUCGAAAGGUAGUCUGGUGGGAUCUGUUUCAGUCCAGAGUGUGUUCCACUCCGAGGUGUGUACUGUAAGUCGUGUCACAGAGGAAUCCGGUUGUUAUUGCACGAGCCCUCUGUGUUUAUCCCUUGUUCUUCAUGUCUUCAGCUAUGCUUAUUAAAGGUCUGCAACAUUUGGUUUCAAUUAGGGCCACAGAGGCUGGCAGAGAGCAGCAGAAACAUUACUGCAACAUAUUGGCGCAGCUUUAUUGGUCUUGUAGAGGUUGUAUGUGCUACAUUCAAUCGGUUUGUGUCCUUGCUUUCUUGUGCUGGUUCACUGUCGCGCACUGCUUAUUUCCUUGAUCUGUCGAGUUAUUCAUAGGGUUGUCGUGUAGCCAGUGGGUCUCGUGAAACAGAAAAUGUUGGUUAUUUGACACAGGAGUGGAGCAAUGUGGUUUAUGGAAGCAGUGAGGUACUAAAGACAAACGCUUUCAUUUCUAAGCCAAUGCAACUAUUCACAUAUAACCGCUAAUGAAAAUGAGGUGAGGAAAGUAAAGUAGAUACAUUGUUCAUGUAAAAGCAAUAAUAUUAUUUGAAUUGUGACAGAAACAUGUAAAACACUUCAUUCCAAACGGCAAACAGUAAAAUAAUGUUUUGUGUAAAAAUGUAAUAAAUUAAACAUUUCUCAUGUUUACACUAAA